AUGCCUCGCCCUGUAUCUGACGCGCUGGGACCACGCAGAGACUCUAUGUUUGUGUCUUCUCCGCCACUCCCCGACGCGCUGUCCGAAUUCCAGCCUUGCAUUCUAGUCACGGCUUCGACGCCCUCGAUUCGGGAAGAACUCUCACUUUCCCCCAGGCAGUCAUAUUGCCUGCCCCAAUUGCACCUUGCGCGGUAUAUAGCUGGACUUAAGCGCCUCUCGUGCGGUGUGGGGGAUCAUCGUCGGUAUAGGCUGCGCGACUUCCCGGAUAGACGACGACCGCCUCAUGACGCAACUGGCAGCGCCAUGCAUGAAUUCUUCGGGCCGCAAUAUACUCGCGAGGAUCGGUCGCAGCAACAGCCACAGCAGCAGCAGCAGCAGUCUGCUCAACGGCGAUACCCACAAAAUGAUAUUGGAAGCCAGGCCAUGGGCAUGGCCAUGCUGGGGCCGGUAUGCGAAAACGAGGCUAUGGACAUGACGAAUAUGUCUGAUUUGAUGGGGGGAGGAGAUACGCUGGAUGAUAUUGUGCGCCAGAAUAGCAAGGAGCUUCUGCGGCGGCAGAGCUUGCCUCUGCAGCAGUUUGGAGGCGAUAUGGAUGAUAUAUAUACGCCUAUUCAGAAUCGCAGAGGCUCUAUGAUGGAAUUCGGCUCGGGUCAGGCGGCUCUCAAUAACUUCCAGUUUACUUCUGCCGCGUCGAACGCAAGCCUUCUAGUGCAAAGCAGGAGGCCUUCGAUGCAAGGGCUGGAGGUGCCAAGAGGGUAUGGAGACAUUGGUAUCCAGAGCAGGAGACCUUCAAUACAAGAACUAGAGGUGGCAGUGGGAUACGGAGAUAUCAAUGUCCACAGCAGGAGGCCUUCGAUACAGGAAUUAGAUGUAUCGAGAGGAUACGGCGACAUGGGGGCGAAUAUGGAUAUGGAUAUGGCCGGAAACCCGACAAAUUUCUCACUAAUGGCCCAAACCUCCGUCGCCAUUGAAUCUCCCACCGCCUACCAGGCCCUCCCUCCUCAAGGAAUACCAACGAAUAUGAUGAGCGAUAUGAUGGCGUUUCCUGGGAUGCAGGAGACCCAGGCACCCAUCAUCUUCAACCCAAGUAGCUUCACACAGCCAUUCUCAGGCCCGUCUAUGGACCCCAUUUCCUCGGAAUUCGCACUCAGCGCAGCAUCACAGGUCAACAGUGGCACAUCAAGUGUGUCAUUAGGCCAUGGCUCACGCGGCGAAAUGCCUCUUGUCGAAUCCCACAAUACAUCCCAGCGUAAUAGCCAUAUACCAAGACGCAUCAACCGUGUCGAAUUUAGCACCGGCAUGACUCAAAGCCCAGUAUUAUACGCUACGACGUCAAUCCCUUCGAUUCCUACGAUUCCAUCAAUACCUCUUGAAAUGCCUAAUAUGGAGACAUACUCCCCGCUAGUUCUCACAACGACCGCAGAGGCGUUUAACGGACCCGUUAGCUCCACUACGAAUACCACAUUUACGAACCAUAACUCCAGCAGCGGGUUCAACAUCGAAGGUAUACUAAUGAAAGUUACCUCGCGAACCAACCCCGAGACCGACCUCGGCUCCGUCGACAUGUCGUGUGCCUUCGUAGUCUGCGACGCCACCAUGCCCGAUAACCCCAUAAUCUACGCCUCGGAGAUCUUCUCACGUCUCACCGGCUACAACAAGAACGAGGUGUGGAUGAAGAACUGUCGAUUCCUUCAAUCCCCCGACGGCAAAUCCAAAAAGGGGCAGAAGAGGAAAUACGUCGAUGAUGCUGCUGUAUAUGCCUUAAAACGGGGGGUGUUGAAGAGGCGAGAGGUACAAUGCAGUUUGAUUAAUUAUCGAAAGGGGGGGCAGCCAUUCACUAACCUCCUCACUAUGGUUCCUAUAACCUGGGACACGGAGGAAGUGAAAUACUACGUCGGAUUCCAAAUCGACCUCGUCGAUAACCCCUCCGCCAUCAUCUCCAAAAGCACAACCGGGACCUACUCAGUCAACUACUCCCAGCACCACCUCCCGCCCUACACUCCCCGCCCUCCUCUUCCCACCCCACCGCACCUCGACACCACCGUAACGCUCAGCCCGGGGGAGGUCUCGACAUUACUAACAUCCUACCAAGCCGGGCUGAACUACGAUCGCACUGGUCUCCGGGACACGCUUCUGCUGGAGAAUAGCCCGGAUGUGAUACACAUCCUCUCACCCACAGGGCACUUCCUCUACGUCUCACCCUCGAGCCAGCGGAUCCUCGGGUAUGCACCUGAGGAGUUAGUCGGGACGGCUCUAUCGACUAUUUGUCAUCCGAGUGAUAUCGUGUCCGUGAUGCGGGAUCUAAAGGAUGCUUCUUCCUCAACCGGCGGGGGGAGCAUAACCUCCAUCUUCCGCAUCCGCCACGCAACACGGGGCUACAUCUGGUUCGAAACCCACGGCCGCCUCCGCCCCUCCAGCACCCCCAGCAACAGCACUCUCAAAACCCUCCUCAUAACCAGCCGCGAACGCCCCAUCUACUCCCUCCCCCAUACCACCCUCUCCCUCUCCGCACCAACCGACUCCGAUAUCUGGAGCAAACUCUCCACAUCGGGGUUAAUCCUAUACAUCUCCGCCUCCGUCCGCACGCUCCUCGAUCGCUCACCCGUUUCGUUGGUGGGGACGAGCUUCCAGGCUCUGUUGCCGGGGGAGCAGAGGGAAUAA